AUGGUUGAAGCAGCUUUGUUACGACAAGAAAAUGUUCCUGAUCCAGAACAAAGUGAGACAGUAACUAACUUCACAGUAUUGCAGAAUGUUCUACCAGAACGAAACGAGGAUUUUCAGAGCCCAGAACAAUGUGAAACAGUAACUGACUUCACAGUAUUGCAGAAUGUUUUGUCAGAGCGAAACGAGGACUUUCAGAUUCCAGAACAAAGUGAGACAGUAACUAACUUCACAGUAUUGCAGAACGUUCUGCCAGAACAAAACCAUGAUUUUGAGAACCCAGAACAAAGUGAGACAGAAACUAACUUCCCAGUAUUGCAGAAUGUUCUACCAGAACGAAACGAGGACUUUCAGAGCCCAGAACCAUGUGAAACAACAACUGAUUUCAUAGUAUUGAAGAUAGUUCUUCCAGAACGAAACAGGACUUUCAGAACCCAAAACUUUACAGAAGGUUUAAAAGGAGCUGAUUCAGACAAUUCAUUUGUAAACCAAGAGCCUAGCGUAUCACAUACUAUUCAGGAGACAUCACAGUCUUCAUUAUCGUCAUGUUGUGUUUCUAACAGCGACAAAGAUGACGAACCGUAUUCUCCAGAAACAAGAAGAAUGUUGAGUCGGACACAAACCAAUGAAAAUGUUGCUGUAACUACUGAACAGAGCUCGAUUAGAAAACGCAAAAGGAACCCAAACGAACCCAAUACCUAA